AUGACGUAGUCGGUUAAACGGAAGUUGAUUUGAGCCAAUGAGCGUCGAGCUGAUGAUCAGGGUGUCUGUCAUUGGCUGGUUCAAAAGGAAGGAGAUUCAAGCGCUAACGGCUGGUCGCAGUCUGUACUAGUGUUGUUGCUCUGGGAACAGACGGUCUCGGUGCGUUGUUGAAUCCCACAUCGACAUUAUGGCGGACAGAGACUCUGGUGAUCGGUAUGAGUUUGAUGCUCCGUCCACCGUGGUGGACUUCGUUGACCUGCAGGAUGCUGAGAGUGAAGAUAAGUGGUUUGAUCAACAGACCAGUGCAGCAGAUGGCCACCUUGAAACUCCUUUGAGGCCUGACAAAGGCUUUAGGAAAAGCCAUGCGUCUGACCUGCCGAGAGCCAUUGUAACCCCUCAAGUCAAGACAGACGAGUAUUCAGGUCCCUCCACAUAUCAACCUCCAAACAUGGUGACAUCCUGGGGUGCUGGAUCUCCUGCUCGGACUGGUGCACGUCCAAAGAGGAAUGCCGCUAAUCAAUCCCCCCCUGCCCAACCACGCAGGGUUUCAAAACGUAAAGAGAUGACCGCUGGUCCAGCUCCACCAUCAAAGAAACACAAAAAAACUCCUCCUGCUGCCCGUAAAUCCAGUAGUGUCCUCCGCAACAAGGGGCCUCUGAAUACCAGGACGGCGCCCCAGACCCGGACAGCAGCUUCCACUACUGCAAACACAGAGCCAAAUAGCUCUGAAGAACAGGAGCUGGAGCGCAUCCGGAACCUCCAGAAUGAAGUGGCUCUGCAUCGCAAACAGAACGAGGCCAGCUACAAAGCUGCUCUGGCUGGCAUUCCACCUCCGAAGAAGAUGGUCCUGUCAGCGACCAUGCCCAAAGAGUUCAACUUCAACACAAACACCCGUGUCAAGGCGACCACUUCGUCCAACGCAGCCCACAAGGACGUGGACUUUAUCAAUCAGCUUCGCAAACCCUCCUCCCCAGCAAAAGCUAUGAAAGGUGCCACAGUGCCCAAACCCUUCAACCUGUCAACGGGCAACAAGAGAGAGGCCGAGGAGCUAUCUGCCUACGUGCCCAUGGCUCAGCAGAUAGAGCAGUUCCAGAAACGAACACCUGACCGCUACCAUCUGCGAAGUCUCAAGAGUCGAGAGAGAGGGCCAUCAUCAGUGAAGGGUGAUAAGAUGAAGCUCACCCAGCCUCACACCCCACACCUGAUGACCCGCCGGAGGGGCCGGCCAGUCAAUGUUAAGAGCAGUGCUCAACUGGAGGAUGAAGAGGUGGAAAAACUUCACAAGUUUAAGUUCAACGCCUUGGAGCUGAACAGGAAGAUUUUGGAGAGCGUGGAGUGUCUAAAGAAGCCAGCAGUGAAGGAACCCACUGUACCCGAAGGCUUCGAGCUGCAGAUUGAAAAAAGGCUCCACGAGAGACAAGCCACCAAGAAGCCUCAGGAAGCUGAAGAGAAGCCGCAGGCCUUUAAAGCCCAACAGCUGUCUAAAAAGAUCCUAGAAGGAGUAACGGGAUUGCCAGAAAAGAAAUUUCUGCAUCCGACUGUGCCAGAGUCUCCAGCUUUUGCCCUUAAGAAGAGAGUUCGUAUGGAGCCCAGGGUCGAGGAAGUAAAACAGCCGUCACCCAUCAAGGCCCCCCCAGUGCCUCAUUUUGGCCUCCCCUUCCAGCCCCAGCUACAAGAGAACCACCACGUGGAAGUCUGUCCUUUCUCCUUUGAAGAGCGGGAUCGAGACAGGAGGGCACUGAAAGAGAAGAGGCUGGAGGAGAAGCGUAAUGAAGAGGUACCACAGUUCAAGGCCCAGCCGCUGCCAGACUUCGACACCGUGGUACUCCCCGAGAAGAAGAAGCUAGAGGCCACAAAGCUCGAGCCCUUCAGAAUGCUGCUAGAUGAACGGGGAGCUGUGAAGAGCAGUCGCUGGGAGCAGAUGGUGAAAGAAGAGCAGAAACGGGAGGAAGCAACAGUAUUCAAAGCCAGGCCCAACACAGUCACUCAUAAAGAGCCUUUCCUGCCCAAAAAAGAGGCCCGGGCUGCAGUGGUCGUGGAGGCCUUUGGGCUGUCGACAGAGCGACGGGCCCUGGAGCGGCAGGAAUUCGAGCGGCAGGCCGGUGACAAGGAGGCUCUCAGGAUGCUCAUGGAGGAGGGGCAGAGACGAGAGGAGGAGCAGAAGGAGAAGGAGGACAUCAUCAGGAUGCGGCACGAACAGGUUCACACUGCUCAACCCAUCAGACACUACAAACCUGUAGCAGUGAAGAAGAGUGAAGUACCUCUCACAAUCCCUCACUCACCAAACUUCUCUGACCGCUUCCGCUUGUGAUCAGCCUGCCUCAUUCCACUCUAUAGAAAUUGGCAUAUUUUUUACAAUAUGUUCUUUUUUCAUCUUUCUCAAAUUAAUUUUUAAGUCUUUCGUAUUGUUAGUUGGUAGUUUACUGUCUGAGGUUGUAAAACAAUGUAUUUGAAAUGACUGAAGCUCUGUUUUUCUGUCUGUUCCAUGUUGAGCUUUAGUUUCUAACCACCUGCUGUAUAUUCUCUCACACGUUUUUAUCGUGUUCAUCUUAUGUUUUAACGGACAAGCGCUUUACAGUUGGGUUCAGGCUGCCCUGCAUACUUUUUGCAUUUUUUAUUUCUUUUUUUAUAUAUAUACAUAACUUGUCUAAAAAUAAAAGUUAAAAUUACCAAUUAUGGACCUUUUUAACUUGAAAUUUGGACAACUUUGCAGCAAUAGUUAAUGACAGUAUAACACAUGGAACUUAAGCUUUAAAGUCUAGAUGAAAUGGAAACUUUUAGAUCACAUCCCUGGUCAUAUUGUGCACCUAUUUAACAAUAAAUAUAUGUGAAAAA